AUGAGUCUUGGCUUCGGUGUCGGCGAUUUUUUGGCCGUCGUGAAGCUCGCAAAUGAUUUGCGGAAACAGUUUCGAGAUGCUCCUGAUCAGUAUGAAGAUGUUUCAAAUGACGUCAAGAAACUUUCCAAUGUGUUAAGAGUCAUCCAGGAUCACGAUUCUGACUUGAGUGAUCAACAAAAGAUAGAUUUAGAGACGAUUUCUCGAAGCUGUCGGUGUAUUCUGGAGAAACUGCACGAAAUGGUUGACAAAUAUGCGCCAGUGGUGUCUGCCGAUCGUAAUGCCAAAAGCAACAUCCGGCGAGCAUGGGCGAAAAUUAACUGGGAUUCAAAAAAAGCCACUGACUUUCAUGAAAAGCUAGUCGUGGAGAUAAAUUACUUCAACUUCUUCCUCGCUGAGACUACUCUCCAGGUGGCUCGGGAAAUAAAAAGCAUGGUAGCUUCACAUAUGGACGGAGUCAGGAUGUUAGUUGAGGAUGGAGAUGAAAAGAAGCGGUGGAAUAUGUUGAAUUGGUUGUCUUCAGAUAAUCCUGAAGCCAAAUGCGUCAACAUCUUGAAUCGCCGAGAGGACGGAACUGGCCAGUGGUUCCUGGAAACAGAGGAAUUCCGGAAGUGGCUCCACCAAGAAUGCAACACGCCUCAAGACCAGCGUACUUUAUUUUGCCAUGGAUAUGAGGGAGCUGGCAAGACUUUCAUAUCGGCAAUUGUGAUCGAAGAGCUUCGACGGCUCCUCGAAUCCGAUGAUACUGUCAGAAUUGCAUUCUAUUUCUGUGAAUUUUUUCAAGAACCGACAGUCAAGAGGAUUCUCUCAAGUUUGUUGAAACAGCUACUUCAAGAAAGGACAUCACAGAUAAGCGGCCUGAAAUCUCUCUAUGAUGCGUUGCAGAAAAAGCAAAGAUGCCCUACAGCGGAUGAAAUUUUAGGUCUUCUUGAUUCAGCCAUCUCACCUCUCUCAAGAGUCUUCGUUGUUGUUGAUGCACUAGACGAAUGCCGACUUUCUGGCAAAUCUAAGGACAGUUUUGAAGAAGUUUUGAAGAAAAUCUUUUCUCUACAGAAAAAGCACAACCUGGGCCUCCUUGUCACUUCUAGGUCAAUUCCGGUCAUUGCUGAGCUUUUCCAGGACAACCCAUGGAUGAAGAUACAUGCACAUGAGGAGGAUAUCACGAGGUGCUUGGAAAGCGGAUUGAGAGGAUUUUCGGCUAUCAGAAAAAAACCCAACCUUCAGUCGGAAAUUAUUUCCACCAUUACAGACUCAGCAAAAGGGAUGUUUCUUCUUGCUGGACUUCAACUUGAUUCCAUUCAAGAAUACAAAUAUGCAACUGAAAAAAUGAUCCGCGACAAGUUGAAAGUCCUUCCGAGUUCUCUGGAGAAAGCAUACAGAGAAACAAUUGAACGAAUCAAAAGCCAGAGUGAACAUCAGACCAAGAUAGCCAGACUGGUUCUCGCAUGGAUCGUCUGGGCAACAAGACCUUUGAGUCCACUUGAGUUGCAGCAUGCCCUCGCCGCUGCAUUUGAAGAAGAUAGCUUUGAGGAAGACAACCUCUUAAGAAUAGAGGACAUCAUUUCUCUGUGUGCAGGUAUGGUUACUGUUGAUGAGCAAAGCGACAUUGUUCGACUAGCACAUAAAACAAUGUAUGAGUUCCUUAAGAAUAACUGGAACGAGUUCUUCUUUCUCGACACUCAUGCCGAAAUUGCGACUACGUGUAUUUCAUAUAUGUUGCAUGAGGCACUUCAAGAUGGGUUCACUACCUCGCAUAGUCAAUUCGAGAGAUAUCUUCAACGAUGCUCGCUUUUUGAGUACUCAGCCAAAAAUUGGGGCUACCAUGCUCGGAUGUCCUACUCAAAAGUAAAGGAACAGGUGCACGUUUUUGUCCAAAGCGAGCACGCCCUGCCUCAGUCCCUCCGAGUGCUUUUUGCUGAUCAUUACUUCUGGCGAAUCAGGAAAGGGCACUCAGUUACGGUCUCUCCACUACAUCCUGCAGCAUACUUCGGCCUUAAAGAAUGUCUUCUUUACUUUCUCGCCAGUAAUGCUACCCUUGAUGCAAAGGAUGAUGAGGAUCAGACUGCAUUACACUGGGCCGCAAGAAAUGGACAGGUGGAAGUAGCUGAACUGCUGCUGAAUUAUGGUAUUGAUGUCAAUUGGGCGGACAAGAAUGGAAAAACAGCUUUGCAUUACGCUGCCGAACAGGACAACACGCACUUGAUAAAAAUCCUUGUCCAAUAUAAGGCAGAUAUGGAGUAUACAGACAUUGAUGGUCAGACACCUCUUCUCACCGCGGUGCAGAAUGUGAAGCUUGAGCCAGCUCAGGAACUCGUUAGUCUUGGAGCUUCAAUAGAGGCUAUGGAUUCCAUGCAUCGCAAUGCGCUGCAUUUAUCAGCCAUUGGGGGAAGUCGCAGCAUUCAUAUGACCAGGUUUCUUCUAGAGAAGGGCGCUUGCUUUGAGAUAUGCGACGUGAAAAACAUGCUACCGAUACAUUAUGCUAUUGGACAAGGAUCCCAGGAGACAGCCGAAGCCUUAAUCCAUGCAGGGGCAUGUGUCAACGCUGGUAUUGAGAGAAAAAGGUGGAUCCGAACAAAAGAAGCUGGCCCGUGGGUUAAUAAGCCUUCUCCUGAAAAACAGAAACUUCCUGCAGCAAAAGUUGUCGAUGGCUUAACUCCACUGCACUGGGCAGCACUCAUAGGUCACCCGGCAAUGACAAAAUAUCUUCUCUCCAAAGGGGCCGACCCUAACAGAAGUUGCCAUGACGGAGACACACCAUUGCACCUUGCCAUCCGAGAAGAUAUAACUCGGGAUUAUGAAGACGCGUGGAACGAAUUACAAUGGCGAAUUGAAGUUGUUAUUGACAUUGUUGAUGACCCUGGCAGUGAAGAAUUUGAUGAAGCGCGUCGAUAUGCAUCCGAAAUACGUUCGGCAGUUAUCGAUAUUCUUCUUUCGCACAGUGGCAUCAAUGUGGAUAUGCAGAACAAGCAAUUACAAACACCAUUGCAUUUGAUUGCCUGUGACAAUCGUAACUCAAUUAUGCCUUUCUCAAGAUUGAUGAGCAAGAAACCCGACACUACCAUCCGCAAUUAUAAAGGACAAACGCCCCUACAUCUUGCUAGUGGUGCGGGAGAGUCUAGGAUGGUUAGAGAUCUACUCACUGCAGGGGCAUUGGAUGAUGCUCUAGAUUCUGAAGGACUGACGCCACUUCAACAUAGUGUCCGCUCUGACAAGUCUUCUACAGCGGUUAUCGGACUUUUAUUAGACCAUUCUGACAAAAUCCGAUCAAAUAUAUGCCACGAGACAGAUCAGGAGGGGAAUAAUUUGCUACACAACCAUGUUCAGUCAAAGGCAUGCUCGCAAAAGUCAAUUAUCAUGCUCCUGAACCGUGGAGCUGAUGUAAAUGAAAUUAACACGAAAGGAGACUCUCCACUCAGCCUCUAUUUGCGAACACCUGGAUUGGUAUUGAAUCGGGCCUCAAUCUGUCGAUUUCUAUUAGAGAAAGGCGCUUCAAAUUUGUGGUCUGAUGAGUCAGGAAGGAACCUUGCUCAUAUAUCGAUGCUUGCCGAUCCUUGGCAGCCGUUUGACGAAGUCCUUUUGACCCUCAAAGCUUUCGAUGUUGAUAUCACAGCGAAAGAUUCGAAUAACCGGAGCAUACUUCAUCAUGGAGCGAGGAAUGGGUCACUAAGCCAAGGAAUCAUUAAUCUGUUGCGAGACAGCGGGUCACUGAGCCUGGGUGAUCAGGACAAAUUCGGUAAAACGCCUCUUGCGUACGCAGAAGAGGCUAUGCUGCAUCAGGAUAAGGGUCGGCUCAGUGGCAGAUGGGAAUCAUCUCUUAAUGUUCUACUGAAGGCCAAUGGAGACUGA